GUGCACCCUGGUGAUUAUUUGACGUUGAAGGCAAUAACGCGUUUUCUAAAGAUUUCAUCAAUGUAGUGCUUAGGGUUUCAAUAUGUCUGUAAUAUAAGUAGUUUGGUAGGAAAACAAAUCGAUUAAAUCUUAAAUGACUCCCACGAAGACUACAAAAACUGAAGUAGAAAUGGUGAUACGAAAUAGAAAAACUGUUAUGAAAGAGGGGAUUAUGACAAUGUCGGGCAUCGGUGAACCUUCAGUCUUCCACGCUUUGGUUGUCAUCUUUUUGGAGUUCUUCGCAUGGGGCUUGCUAACAAUGCCGAUAAUAUCCGUGCUGAACGCUACUUUCCCGGACCAUACCUUUCUGAUGAACGGACUCAUAAUGGGAAUCAAGGGCAUUCUAUCAUUCCUGUCAGCGCCUCUCAUCGGAGCCCUAUCCGACGUGUGGGGCCGCAAGUUCUUCCUACUGGUCACGGUGUUCUUCACGUGCGCGCCAAUCCCGCUCAUGACCAUAAACACUUGGUGGUUUUUUGCGAUGAUCAGUAUUAGCGGAGUGUUUGCUGUGACUUUUUCUAUUGUGUUCGCGUACGUGGCUGAUGUAACAACAGAGGCGGAGCGCUCGCGAGCUUACGGCCUAGUGUCUGCGACCUUUGCAGCUAGCAUGGUCAUAUCGCCCGCUCUCGGCGCCUAUCUCAUGGAUUUAUACGGCGAAGCGUUGGUUGUAGCCGCCGCUACGGCAGUUGCGGUAUUGGAUGUGUUCUUCAUAAUGGUAGCGGUGCCUGAGAGCCUGCCAGAGAAAGUGAGACCGAGUGGUUGGGGACCUGCUAUAAGUUGGGAGCAGGCUGAUCCAUUUGCCGCUCUGAGGAAGGUCGGUGCCGAACGUACAGUGCUGAUGUUGUGUGUGGCAGUGUUCCUCUCAUAUCUACCUGAAGCCGGACAGUAUUCUUGCAUAUUUGUGUAUUUAAAAUUAGUAAUGGGCUUUGGUGUAGUACAAGUGGCUAUAUUCAUAGCAAUUGUUGGAGUACUCAGCAUAGCGGUACAAGUAGUGCUUGGAUUUUUAAUGCGGUCACUUGGAGCAAAACAUACAAUUAUGGUGGGACUCUUAUUUGAAAUGCUUCAGCUCAUGUGGUACGGAUUUGGAAGUCGCACAUGGAUGAUGUGGGCAGCAGGAGUGCUUGCAGCUCUUGGAUCUCUGACAUACCCGGCGAUCAGUGCAUAUGUGUCGGUGAACAGUCGGGCAGACCGCCAGGGUGUCGUACAAGGAAUGGUUACUGGAGUAAGAGGACUUUGUAAUGGUCUUGGACCAGCAAUGUUUGGAGUGAUAUUCUAUUUAUUCCAUGUGGAUCUCAAUGAGGAACAUGCGGUGACUGGCUUAGAUGGAAAGCCAGAGGAGAAAUAUGUAAGAUUGGUGCCAGGUCCACCCUUUGUAUUGGGAGCACUGCUCGUGAUUUGCGCGCUCCUCGUAGCGGCCUUUCUACCUGAAGAUGGCACUGUUGGCAGUGGACGACGGGCUCCGGCAGACCUGAAGUUCGAAGUGGAGAGGGGCCGUCGCGUGGCGGGCCCCCUGUCCCCGCUGAUGGCCCCGGAGUCAGCGGCCCUCUAGCUAGCGGCGAAGGCCGGUAGAGCGGCCAGUGUGUGACUCCCAGAGCUGCCUGCGCCCAACCGGCGCCAGAGCGAAUGCAUUUAGGAUGGUACCAAAGCAAACUCAGUGAGUGAAGUGAGUCCCAUAUUCUAUGAUUCUUGCACGAAGUACGUUGACUACAUUCCCGCGUAUCACAUGUUUCGUUCCGCUUAAAUGGAAACAUUCAUUGUUAACUUUGUACUAUUUUUUAUUAAUUUUCGCUGUUGAGGGCAUGUACAUAAUUGUAAUAAAUAAUAGAAUCACAGUACAAGUCCUCUCUUUCGUAUUUGAGCUUAACAUCACACAAUAUUAAUAUAAAACCCUGCAUUUACAUCGAAACCUAUCAUUCUUGUCAUAUUCCUGAUGUCUAUAGGUCAGAAUUGCAUUGACAAAGGCACAUAGUGCCAACAUGCUAACAUUUAUUUUAAGAUACCAUUACAUGUGGUUAUCUUAGUAUACUUAGAAAUAAGUCUUGCAGUUAAAAUAAUGAAACCAUUAACUUAAUUGUAUAAUGAAAUUCAUAAUUAAAAUAUAAUAAGGUUUACUAUGAUAAGUAAUUGAACAAGUCAUUAGGAAUAGUUAUUUUGAGUAGUUUAUAAGCUGCCUAUCUCCACUACAACACAAAUUUGCAUUUUUAAUCCAAAAAUGUUUGCAACAAUCAAGUAAUCAUAUAAACAGUAACAACUAAAGAAUUUCAUGAAGAGAUAAAAUAUAAAAUUAUUAUUGACCAAUGUGUUUUUAAUAAUUAAAGAAGAAACAAACUGAUUCAUAAAAGUAGAUUCAAAAUUAGCAUUACAAGAUUAUUAAAAAAACCAAUAUGUCAAAUAUGAGUUAAUAUUGCUCACCCUCAAAAAUAAAAAAACAAGUCUUAGAGGACUGGUUUGCAUCAAAAAUCGAUAUUCCAAAGAGGAAAAUAACAUA